UCCAAGCACGUGGAGUUGCGGGAGGAAACCCCAGUGACGUCCUUUGUUCGGGAAACGAACAUAUGGCUGCAUGGAAGCAUCUAACGCGACCCAAAAAGCUUUCCGGAACAACCACCGAAUAUUCGGCCUCUCGUUAACCACUCAGACUCCCGCGUACUUCCUUGGUCCCGUGUCCAUCUUCAUACGGAGUGCGCGAAAAUCGAGCUACGCGUUCUCUCUCUCUCUCUCUCUCUCUCUCUCUCUCUCUCUCUGGUUCGUCGAGGCAACAAAUAUUAGGUUCCUCAAUAAUGGGGCACAAUGAUGUUGUCGGAACGUACCUGAUUGUGGCGAUUGAAGCGGCGAAAGGAGCUGGAGAUGUGAUCCGUAAAGGAUUUUACCAAUCAAAACAUGUAGAGCAUAAAGGCCAGGUUGAUCUGGUUACCGAGACUGAUAAGGCCUGUGAAGAGCUUAUAUUCAAUCAUCUCAAAAAGCAUUUUUCUGACCAUAAGUUUAUAGGAGAAGAAACUUCUGCAUCACUUGGAACUGUAGAACUGACUGAUGAUCCUACUUGGAUAGUUGAUCCUCUUGAUGGAACAACCAAUUUUGUUCAUGGGUUCCCUUUUGUUUGUGUUUCAAUUGGCCUUACAAUCGGAAAAAUUCCUACUGUUGGUGUUAUAUACAACCCAAUAAUCAAUGAGCUCUUUACUGCUGUUCAUGGACAAGGAGCUUUUCUCAAUGGCAACCCAAUAAAAGCAUCCUCUCAGACAGAAUUGAUCAAGGCACUCCUUGCGACUGAGGUUGGCACAAAACGUGAUCAAGUUACUGUGGAUGCCACCACAAAUAGGAUCAACACGCUGCUCUUUGAGGUGCAAUCUUUGAGAAUGAGUGGAUCUUGUGCUUUGAAUCUAUGUGGUGUUGCAUGUGGACGGGUUGAUAUUUUUUAUGAACUGGGUUUUGGUGGCCCUUGGGAUGUCGCUGCUGGGGUUCUCAUGGUUCAAGAAGCAGGAGGCCAUGUCUUUGAUCCAUCAGGAGAUGAUUUUAACCUAAUGUCUCAGCGGGUUGCUGCGUCAAAUGCACAUUUGAAGGACCUCCUUGUUGAUGUUCUAAAGAAAACUGCAUGAUUACUUCUCAUCACCUUAUGUCUCAAAGGUUAUUUAUUAACUUGUGUCUUGAACAAAUUGAGUCGAUGUUUCCAAGUCCUUUUUGGUCUCCAUCGCAGAAGUUUCUAUUUCCAUUGUGCAUUUUUGCCAGUACAUUAGAUGUUACAUGAUGACCAUUGGAUAUUCUAUUUCUUUGCUCCGA